AAUUCUUAAAAACUAAAAAGCCAUAUGCGUCUUAUAACCAGUCGCUAUCCAUCUGAUGAAUUUCUUCAUACGUUAGAGAGGUAAAAGAAGGAUUUUUUUGAUUACUAUAUGCAUAUCAUACUCGAUCUAGGUUUCCGUCGAUUUCUAGUUAUAUAAGAAUUUUGUAUCCAUUGAGAGCUUUUGAGCAGCAUAUAUUUGGUAUUUGAGUUUUGAGCAACUGUGUCUAGAAAACUGCAAAAUCUCAACUACGUUUUUUUCUUCUUCUUAGUUUUGAACCUGAGAACACAAAUCUUUGUGCGUUUUAGCAAAAAAAAAAAAAAAAGAAUUUUAGGAAUUUGGAAGUGACGAGAAAGGGGGUUGAAUUUUGAAUGGAUCAUAUUCAUUCGACUUGUAGAGAAGAAGAUGUUGAUUUUGAUCUUGAGAGUGGCACUGGUGUAAUUUAUAGCAACAAAGAUCCUGGUUUGGAUGCAAAAAAAAGUAUCUUGAAUCCAUCAAACAUCAAUGCAGAGAAUAAUGUAAAUUCUACAGGGAAGAAGAUGGGGAAAGAAAAGGGUAAAAAAGGUACAAAUGCAAAAAAACCACCUAGACCUCCUAGAGGCUUUUCUUUGGAUUCUUAUGAUCAAAACCUCAUCAAAGAGCUUGCUCAACUUGCCAUCAUCAAAAAGGCGAGAAUUGAGCGCAUGAAAGCACUCAAGCAAAAGAAAGCUUCAUCAUCAUCAUCAUCAUCAUCAUCAUCAUCAUCAUCAUCACAUGCAGCCUUGUUUGCCAUGCUUUUUACCAUCGUCUUCUUAUUAGUCAUACUUCUUCAAGGUCGAAAUUCAGGUGUAGCUUUUCAGGGUUCUCCUCAAAUGGCUCAAAGUAGUUCAAUAUUUACACGAGAUCACGUACCAUAUGUAGAGUAAAUAAUGCUACUCCUUUUUUUUUUUUUUAUAUAUCAUUUUUAUAAAAGAAAUAUGAUUGUAGCAAAAGAGGUAGGUGUUAAUUUUUCUUCUUUUAUUUGUAAAGCUCUGAAAUAAUUAAGUUCCGGUUUUUAUACAAGUAAAUAGUUGGUGUGUGUGAAAA